GACGCAGAGGUGGACUCGGUCUAUCUUCACUGAGUGAUCAGACCUGCGGACUGCGCAGUGACAGAGGAGUAACACAAAAGAAACAAGAAACAAAUAGACAAGUUUUUUUUUUUUAUUUCCAUGUGGGACGUCUUCUCUCUCUUCUCUCUCUCUCACUGAACGUCUUCCCUGGUCAUACGAGUAGGCUACAAGUUUCCAAUGGACAGACACUUGGAGAAGGCUGGCGCAACAAGCAUGGGAUUAUUUUUGUAAUGUGGAUUGCUACUCCCUUGCAAGAAAAUAAAGGUCCGCUGCGGAACAAUGUGGGACGUUUUGCGUCUUGGAUUCUCGUUUUUCUGGAUAUCUUGAAAAUCAUUGGCAACAGUUGAGAAGGAGAGAAGUUAUGCGCAAAGGAUUGUAUGCUCCGACCCCGGGACCAUCAUGGAUCUGCCAUUACAACCCCCUGCCCCUUAUUUAGAGAAGUUUUAACCCGGUCCACUCGUGUUGUUGUUUUGUUUUGUUUUUUUUUUGCUUGGUAUAAACUUCAUGUUUCAGAACAAAUCGCCACUUUUGGCCUCUUGGAUUUUAAAACGUCGCCUGCCUGUGGAUUGGAUUUCCAACACCAUGAACUUUAUUGACAGUUUGACACUAUUAUUUUUGACGCUGUCAGCUGUCAAGGUGAGUCAUAGCGCCCACAUACCGAAGGGAACAGAAAGAGGUCCACAUGACGUGAUCCCUUUAAUGGAGGUGUACAACAAGAGUUUGUGUCAGCCUCGGGAGCUGCUGGUGGAGAUCCUGCAGGAGUAUCCGGAGGAGGUGGAGCACAUCUUCAUCCCGUCCUGCGUGGUGUUGACGCGCUGCGCCGGCUGCUGCAACGAUGAGAUGCUGCAGUGCACGCCGACAGCCAGCUACAACAUCACGAUGGAGAUUAAAAGAAUAAAACCCCAAAGGCAACAAAAUGAUAUUUUCAUGAGUUUUACAGAACACAGCGCAUGUGAGUGUAGGUUAAAGAAAGAAGCGAAAGACGUGAGAGAAAAAAAAUCCCGGAAAGGCAAGGGCAAAGGCCUAAAGAGAAAACGAAAGAAAAACCGCGACAAAACAGUUCACGAUGCUGUUUGUGAGCCAUGCUGUGAUCACUGCUCCGAGAGGAGAAAACGUUUGUUCGUGCAGGAUCCCGCAACCUGCCGGUGCUCCUGCAAGCACACAGAUGAAUACUGUAAAGAACGCCAGCUAGAGCUCAACGAGAGGACCUGCAAAUGUGACAAGCCAAGGAGAUGAGAGAGGUGGCAGCACCAGAUGUACAAGAUGAAGGAAUAUUCUAGAUAUUUCACAGCACAGCACUUUGACCUUUGAACCGUAAGCUCUUCUUUUCUGUGGAAAGCAUUCCCCUUGGACUGUCUGAGAGAGGACAAUACGAAAGACUGAACUGAAGUUUCCUCCCACUGUAUAUCUGUGUGUAUAUAGACCAUGAUAAAAGUAAAAAAAGAGUACAGAAUUGUUAUGCUGCUACAAAAACAAAUAACUAAACCCAUCAUUUGACAAAAAAAGCAAAUAGCCGCCAUGUGGUUUUGCAUUCUAACAGGCUUGUGAUGCAGGUGUAGUCUUGUUGUCAAUUCAUUGUAUGCAAUUACUUCACUGGAUAUGAGUCUCUACUUUGGUUGUGUGUCAAUGAUAAAAUUGCAAACCUUCUCAAUCUAAGAUAUAUAUUUAACUGCUUAAACGGCGGGUGAGGCUGAAGCGGACAUGGGAGCGCACUCAAUGGAUGGAUUCUCAUUGUGGUCGAUUUCUACUUUUUGCUUUUGGAGUAUAACAGCAGGACAACAGGGACAGCUGAAUCUGUCUUAACAGGAUAUGCAGGACUGACAUGGACUACUAACACAAUGUCACCAUUGUGAUCAGCCUGCAGGAAAAGAGACUCUGGAGUGCCAUAUACUUUUAAAGGGAUACUGGUUGUCAAUAUAGCAUGUACUGUUUUGCUAUGUCCUUCAUGAAAACCACUGAAAAUAUCCUAUACUGUAGUUUGAUUCCAUUUGAAAAAACUGUGCCUCACAAAAUGUACUGAGAAAUCUUUCGAGUGCUUUUUAAAUUAUUUUUUGUUGCCUUUUUUUUCAGGAGAGGGGAUUGUCAAAGAGUUGUUGAACUCAAUACAUAACUCAUUGAUUACAUAUCUUCUUCUCUGAGCUUGUACAUACUUAAUAUCCCUUUAUGCCAUAGUCCAUUCUAGAUAAUUUAUAAUGUUAUAGAGUAUUUUUCAGUAUUCAGUCUUCUACCCAUAUUUAAUUUGGUCUAUUUAUAUAUGCAGUGUUAUGUACCUGUGGCUGUCCUAUCUCCCCACCAUGUGUAAGGUCACUGAUGGCUACUCUCAGCAUGGAACCUCUCUGUGCUUUUCUAUGAAACCAACAUAAAAAACAAGUCAAAAAAUGAUUUGUUAACAUUCCCUUAAUGGAUCAUUUGUACUAGUGUACUGGUGACAUCUCCUCUGGAUUUUUCAACCCCUCUUAUCUAAGAGUGUGGGUGCUGUGUAGGAUUUUAACAUGCUGUGUGUUUGUGAACGUGUGUGUGUAUGAGGGGGUAUUCACGUGCAUUUGCCCAUGCACACAUCUGUGUGGAGGUGUUAGUAGGUUGUAUUUAAGUAUUUAAGUAAGUAGCGGACCUUUGUUUUGUCCGUCCUGCAAGAUGCAAAUACGAAUAAACUAUUGCUAGCAGCUCAACAUACACUACCACAACAACACCACCGUUUUAAAUUUGAAUAACAAUCUGCUUCCUUUCUGCCAUCAGUCCCAUCAUUAUUAGUUCUCUUUGUCUCUCCUUCACUAUUAACAUGUUUUCUGUGUCUAUGUAAAACAGUAAAGCAUAUUUAUUUUCAAAUUAUAUUGUUUUUAUAUAAAAUAAGGAAAAGGUUGCUGUGUUGUGAAUGCUGUGUUUUCAAGAGGUUUAACAAGGCAACAUGAGUUUUCCAUGUUUUUGUGUAGCAAGCUGAUACUCACACAUUGAAAAAGAAUCCCUGCAGAAUGUAAUCUGAAAGAAAACAGAACAGAGAAAUAAGAAAUUCCUGCACGCUUUUCAUGACAGACAGACAGAUAUUAAGCCUUAUGAAUAAAAUGGCACU